GACAAUGCGGUGUUGGUGUCUGCAGUAUUCCGACUCCUGAACACUGGUGGCUGCAAGCUGCGAUUUUGGAGUCCUCUCAUUUCCUAUCCUUAUCUCCGCCCGCGGCUGCGUUGGCCAGCUAGCUUUUGAUUUUGUAUCUGGUCACUGAUCAAUAAAGCAACCUAAGGAAACAUAGGACACCAUUACCUCACUGCCAGCUCUGGCCCUGGGCUUGUACAGGGAGCUCAGGGUCUCUGCACCAGUGGGCUGCAGAAACUUAGUCAUAGCGCCCUCAGUCCCUGAGGUCUGAAGCUCGCCGCUGCGCAUUCUCCUCCCUGGGAACGUGACCCCAGCAGCACCCGACGCAGAGACGCCAGCCCACAUACUGCAAGAGAUGUCUGGCUCUUACUCAGCCACCACCACAAUCACAGCGCCCCCCUCUGGGGGACAGCAGAAUGAAGGAGAGAAGUUUGAAAAGAAUCCUCACCACUGGGGAGCAGAUGUUCGCCCCGAAAUAAAAGAUGACUUAUAUGACCCCAGCUACCAGGAUGAGGAGGGGCCCCCGCCCAAGCUGGAGUACGUCUGGAGAAACAUCAUCCUCAUGGCCCUGCUGCACUUGGGGGCCCUGUAUGGGAUCACACUGGUUCCCUCCUGCAAGGUCUACACCUGCCUCUUCGCAUAUUUGUACUAUGUCAUUAGUGCCUUGGGCAUCACGGCCGGGGCGCAUCGCCUGUGGAGCCACCGAACUUACAAGGCGCGCCUGCCGCUGCGGCUCUUCCUCAUCAUUGCCAACACCAUGGCUUUCCAGAAUGAUGUGUAUGAAUGGGCCCGAGAUCACCGCGCCCACCACAAAUUCUCAGAAACACACGCCGACCCUCACAAUUCCCGGCGUGGCUUUUUCUUCUCUCACGUGGGCUGGCUGCUUGUGCGCAAACACCCGGCUGUCAAAGAGAAAGGUGGAAAACUGGACAUGUCUGACCUCAAAGCUGAGAAGCUGGUCAUGUUCCAGAGGAGGUACUACAAGACUGGCCUCCUGCUCAUGUGCUUCAUCCUGCCCACGUUGGUGCCCUGGUAUUGCUGGGGUGAAACUUUCGUGAACAGCUUGUGCGUCAGCACCUUUUUGCGAUACGCUGUGGUGCUCAAUGCCACCUGGCUGGUGAACAGUGCCGCUCACCUCUAUGGAUAUCGCCCCUACGACAAGAACAUUAGCUCUCGGGAGAAUAUCUUGGUUUCGAUGGGAGCUGUGGGCGAGGGCUUCCACAACUACCACCAUGCCUUCCCCUACGAUUACUCUGCCAGUGAGUACCGCUGGCACAUCAACUUCACCACGUUCUUCAUCGACUGCAUGGCUGCCCUAGGCCUGGCUUAUGACCGGAAGAGAGUGUCCAAGGCCGCUGUCUUGGCCAGGAUUAAAAGAACUGGAGAGGGGAGCCAUAAGAGUGGCUGAGUUUGGGGUCUUUCAGUUUCUGUUCCAAAAGCCAGCUUAGCAGAGGCUUAAUGUUCUGUUAAUUAACUACUGAGUAUUGCUACCCAGAUGCUAAAACGAUGACGUUAACCCAUUCUGGUACAGUAUUGUAAAAUGGACAAAUAUCGGAAGUCAGCAGCUCUUCCCUUCCAAUGCUAAGCUGAUCUUCUCUUCUCUUUUCGUUGUCUUUUCUUUGCUUUGUCCCUGUUGACCUCAUUUCUCAUCGCCUCCCAAGCCGGCCGCUGCUCCACCGUAGGUCAGUGUUCGCCUUCCAAAGCCUACCAACUUUCCAAGGGUCUAAAAGUCAAGGUUUGUGCCCCACCCCCAAGAAAAUCUGCAGAGAUUUCUCCUGUUAUUUUUAGCCCAGGCUUUGCCAGAUGGAAUGGAAGGUAAAUCUUACGGGGCCAAAUUCAGCAUGCAGGCUGUGAUUCAUCCAAGAUGUGGGAGAGGGGAAUCUCGUGUGAUCAGGCUCAGCUCUUGUCUCGCAGAGGCCGAGGAGCCUUUCCACACAGCAUGCCGCCUCUCCUAAUUCUGAGUAGGUGACAACCAUGGGACUUGGUGACAUUGGAGUACAAGUAACACAUAUCAGUAUCUCAGUGUAGUUUAGGCUGAAGAUUUAAGGGGAAAAAAAGGUAAAAAACUGUAGGGAAAGUGGUCUCUACUGAGAAAGAAUUUUCUUCUCCUUUAAUAAUAAGGACACGGGGCCAGGCGUGGUGGGUGGCAUAUGCCUUAAAUCACAGCACUUGAGAGGCAGAGGCAGGUGGAUCUCUUUGAGUUCAAGGUCAGCCAGGGCUAGUUGGUGAGACGUCAAAUAACUA